GGGUUCGUCAUCAGCCGCUUAGCGGAAGUAGAAUUUCUGUGUCGGAACAUCACGUUCCAGAGAGUUCGCUCAGUCGCAGGAACUUUAGAGUGAUUCAAGCUAGCUGCGCCGGUAGCGAGUGACAGCAUCGGUGUUUUUUCCAUAGUUUAUUAAAGUCUUCGUCUAGACAGCCUGUGCGAGCUGCAGUCAUGGUGUGCAUUCCCUGCAUCGUGAUUCCUGUCCUGUUGUGGGUCUACAAGCGAUUCCUGGAACCUAUCAUCUAUCCUGUCAUUUCGCCCUUCAUUAACGCCAUCUGGGGCAAAAAGGCUGUAACAGACACAAGUACCGACCAAAAGGGCAGUGAAAAGACUAAUGGGACAUGCAAACCUGAAAGCAACAGGGAAGCGACUGCCAACGGAGCUACUAUAGCAUCUGAUAAGAAGGCUGACUGACCUCUGUCAGCAUUUCUAAUGCAACAAAGACUGUGGAAAUAUUUUCAAUGCAUCAUUUGGAGACAACGUGCAUUGUUGGUCUUGUUUAAAUAAUGUGACUGUAAAGCAGGUUGAAGCAAGUUCAGUUUUUCUUUCAUCUUGUUGUGGUUGGUUCGAUCCUUGUUGUAGUUUGUUUUCAGAUUUCAGUCUGAACAGAACGAAUUAAGCACUUUAAUGAAACGAUGAAAGGAAACAUUCAAAUUAAUGCUAAUUUAUUUUAAACCUGACCUGUCACUUAACCUAUCUUAACUCUAUACAAAGAUUGCUAUGAAUACAUCAAAGUGUAGAAUAUUUAAUUUUAAGAGAUUGUUAUAGUUAUACUACUUGUAAAACUGGCUAAAUAUUGCUUUCUUUUCUUUUUUUGUUACUGUUUUUAAAACAAAGAAAUUAGCACCUGUUAGAGAAAAUAAGUUUAUUUGUAUGAUGCUUUACAUUCCUUCAGAUAUACCUGGAUAAUUUAGAUCAUUUGAAAAAGAAAAUAAAGUGCAAAUUAAAAACAUGCAGAUUAAUCAUUCAAUAAAAAAUAAAACAGCAGUUUGGUUACAAUAUUUAAUAGAUGUUAUUUUGAAAAAGCUAAUCACAAGAUUUUUACAGAAGUCUGUUUCUGCACAAGUGGUUUAAAGCAUAGAAAAUCCCAGAUUGUUAAUAUUGUCUGAAUA